AUGGUACAUAAAAACAGGACUUUACAUGAACUGUCUUCAAAAAAUUUCAGUAGAACGCCUAAUGGGCUGAUUUUUACUAAUGAUUUGAAGACAGUUUAUUCCAUUUUUUUAAUUUGUUUGGAUCUGAAAGAAAAGAAACAAAACAAUGAUACCAAAUUAUUUUUAUUAACACAAUUUACUAAGCAUUUCCACUUCACUUUCUCAUAUCAGGAAGCUAUCAAAGCAAUGGGACAAUUGGAGCUAAAAGUGGAUAUGAACACAACUUGCAUCAAUGUUUCAUAUAACAUCAAACCUAGUUUGGCCCGUCAUCUCCUCACCUUAUUUAUGUCUGCUAAGCUGCUGCAUACGCCACAAGACAGAACUCGUAGUGAGCCAAAGGAAAAAGUCCUCUUCCAGCCAACACCUAAGGGGGUCGCUGUUUUACAGAAGUAUGUUAGAGAUAUUGGGUUGAAAAGGAUCCCUGAUAUCCUUUUAUCAUCGUUCAACUCUAUGAAACUUUUCACCUUUGAAAGGAGUUCCAUAACAGAUUCUAUCAUUCAUAGCGAUUAUUUAAUUCAUAUUCUUUUCACCAAAACGAUGGGUGCUAAGCCAAAUGUUUGGUCUCCAACAAACCCCGACGAUCCAUUACCUUGUUUGUCUUCGUUAUUGGAAUAUACCAAUAACGAUGACACGUUUACAUUUGAAAAAUCAAAGCCAGAGCAAGGGUGGCAAUCCCAAAUUGAAAAUAUGGAUAUCAAUGAUUCAAAAAGAGUGUCGCCAUUAGCACAUCGGUUCUUUACCAAUCCAGAUUCCGAGUCUCACACGCAAUAUUAUGUUUCUGAUAGAGGAAUUAGGCUUUUUCAAAACAAGGCCUUUGGAACUUCCAAAAAGAUUACGAUUAAGUACACCUUUACAACAAAGGCUAUAUGGCAGUGGAUAAUGGAUUGUACUGAUAUUAUGCAUGUCAAAGAAGCGGUCUCGUUAGCGGCUUUAUUUUUGAAAAUGGGGCUGAUUGUUCCAGUUCUUCUACAACCAUCACGUACUGAUAAGAAAAAAUUCCAAAUUAGCAGAUCUUCAUUUUUCACCUUGUCUGAGCUUGGUUGGGAUUUGGUCUCUUGGAAAAGUUGUAAGAGUAACAAUGUACUGGCACCAAACAGUAGGCCCAUGGGUCUAGAUUUCACAUUUACAGGUCAUGUAACUGUUCGUGAUGAAAGAAAGACACUUGAUGAGAACGAAAGCUUUCCUCAGGACAUACUUAUUUCUUCAACCGACCACAGUCUAAAUAAGUUUGACUAUGUGUUGAAUGAUCCAGGCAUGAGAUACUUAUUCAGACGCCAUCUAGAAAGGGAAUUUUGUGCAGAGAAUUUGGACGUGUUCAUUGAAAUUAAGAGAUUCCUUAAAAAAAUGACUAUUCUGAAGAAAUUGAUAGAUUCUAAACAUGGUAAUAAAAUAACCAACUUUAGUGCCUCAAAAAGUAAUAUCGUAAAAAUUAUUGACUCAGCCCUGACGAAACAAGCCAAUGACUGCCUUGAAAUGGCGUAUCACAUUUACUCGUCCUAUAUCAUGAUAGGAUCGCCAUACCAAUUAAACAUUCAUCAUGGCUUGCGUCAAAAUAUUUCCAACAUUAUGUUACAUCCCCACUCCCCACUAUCGGGACAUUUCCCUAUUAGCCUGAAUUAUUCACUGCUUGAAUCUACCGAAUCAAGUUCUGCUUCAUUCAGUUCCAUGGACAGUACUACAUUGCGUGAACCACCUGGUGUAAUGCUGAAACCUUCGAUAACUUUCUCAAACGAAGAUUGUCUAUAUCAAAAAGAAGGAUCCAAACAACAGUCUAGAGAAAACAAACCUGCCCCAUUAACUUUGGCAAAACUUCAUUCUAGCGAUGUUCUCGUAGAAAAUUCUCGUACGAUUCUACAGGACAGAUGUGAUGACGUCAAAAAUCACAGCGUAACCUCUUGCUCUUUACCAGCAACUUUAAAAGUUCUCAGAAGGCUAUAUCCCUUUUUAGAAGAUGUUAGUGAUGAAAUGUAUAAGCUGAUGAACAAUGAUUCUUUCCAGAAAUUCACUAAGUCGGAUGUGUACAAAGAAGCCAGCACUUUAAUAGAAAUUCAAAAAAAGUGCUGA